AGACGCGCCCACUGCUCUGCUCUGUCUCCAGGCAAGCGAAGAUGAGCUACGGAUCUGAAGUCUUUUCGUCCUCUUCCUACCGGAGGAUUUUCGGGGAUUCUCCCCGUUAUGCGUCCUCUCCAUCGCGCACCGCGAUGAACGUGUCCUCUCGCGGAGGAUACCGGUCCUCCUCUCUGUCCCGAAGCAACGUUUCAUCCCUGGGCUCUUUCAGCAGAAAGUCUGGCCGCUCCUACUCUCCUAUGCCACUGGAGACCUUCGACCUGACACAGAGUAGCGUCCUCAACAAUGAGUUUAAAAUCAUCCGCACAAAUGAAAAGGAACAAAUGCAAGGUCUUAAUGACCGUUUUGCAAUGUUCAUCGAGAAAGUGCGCAACUUGGAGCAGCACAACAAAGUGUUGGAGACGGAGUUGAUUGCUCUGCGCCAGCGCCAGGCCGAGCCGUCUAGGCUGGCAGAGCUCUAUCAACAAGAGAUCCGCGAACUGCGCUCCCAGCUCGACGAACUGAACGGGGAGAAGUCCCAGCUGAUGAUCGAGAGGGAUAAUAUCGAGGACGACCUGCAGAAGCUCAGGGGGAAAUACGAAGAGGAGUUCCGUGCCCGAGAGGAGGCGGAGGCCACCCUCAAAGCUUUCAAAAAAGAUGUGGAUGAUGCUACCAUGGUGCGCCUGGACUUGGAGAAGAAGGUGGAAUCCCUCCUGGACGAGAUCAACUUCCUCAGAAAGGUGCAUGAAGAAGAGGUGGUUGAGCUGACGGAUAUGAUCCAGGCUGCACAGGUGUCUGUUGAAAUGGAGGUGUCUAAGCCGGAUCUCACCUCCGCCCUCAAAGAGAUUCGCAGCCAGUACGAGUCCAUGGCUUCAAAGAACCUGCAAUCCGCCGAGGAGUGGUACAAGAGCAAGUUUGCAGAUCUUUCUGAGCAGGCUACCCGUAGUAACGAGGCCAUCCGCGCCAGCAGGGAGGAAGUGAACGAGUUCAGGAGGCAGCUGCAGUCCAAGACCAUCGAGAUCGAGAGUCUGAGAGGAACCAACGAGUCUCUGGAAAAGCAGCUCCGGGAGAUGGAGGAUAGACACAAUGUGGAGAUUGGAAACUAUCAGGAAAGCAUGGCAGAACUGGAGAAUGAGCUGAGGACCACUAAGAGCGAGAUGGCUCGUCACCUGAGGGAGUAUCAGGAUCUGCUGAAUGUCAAGAUGGCACUGGAUAUUGAAAUUGCAGCAUAUAGGAAACUACUGGAGGGAGAGGAGACCCGCAUUGGGACAGGCAUCACUUAUCCCAGUCCCUCCAUAAGUGCUGGAGUGGGGCAGGGCUACAGCUACCAGACCCGCAUUUACACCAGCUCUGGCAAAGGCUCCAAGAAGGAGGGCAAGAACGAGGAGCAGCAGCAGGAGAACAAGUCCAGUGGCAAGGUGUCUCAGCGCGAAGUUUAUGAGGAGACUGUUGUCACCACCAAGAAGAUGGAGAAGCAGCAAGAUGAUAUUCCCACCAAUCAGAAAAACUAAGAGCCUACUGUAAGCCUGGUGUUGAGCCCUAAAGCUUCCCUUUGCCUUGCAAACCCAUACCUCUCUUCAUCCCCCAUCCUAAAAGCAUAGUAAGAUUGUCUUUCAUAUCUGAACUAGUGUGUGUUGGAUGUGAUUAGAGUGCAGGUUCUACAGGUUUGUUUUAUGUUGGUGUCCUUGUCCCCUUUGUCCCCCACAGCUGUUCCCCCAAGGGAAAUCCAUUAUAAUGCUAUUAGAACCAUCACACUAUACAAAACCCCAGUACAUCUGUUCUCGCUUGUUCUCAACUUCAAACAAUAUCAAGCACUUAGGUAGCAUCUCUUUCAGGAGUAUGGUCUUUCACAGUACAUUAUUCUACUGGUAUUUCUCACUAAUCAAUAUGUACUGACACACCGUAGAUAAUAAUAACAUGGUUGUGCAUUUCUUCCACAAGCUGUGAAUUGUUCUCAACACAUUCCACACUAUGGCAAAAAAAUCCAAAACACAUCAGCUGGUAUGGGUAUGCACCCACUUAUAGAAUAUAAAUAUAAUUAUUUCUCUUUAGUAAGGAAGCACACAGUCUACAUAAGAAAACAGAUAAUAUAAAGAGUAAUAAAUGAUAAUGUCUUACUGAGCCAACAUUUUGAGCCCUUUUCAUUGUAGGAGAUUUGAGCGCUGUGAGAUUGGUUGAAGGAGUGAAGCACUGACCCUUUUUGACUUCCUGGAAAUUUUCAUUGACAAAAGUGUAUUACUGUAGCUUUUUGAAUGAGAUUAAGAAUUAAGACAAGGAAGAAAAUGUAUUAUUCAGGCAUAAUUUGCAUGGUAUAAUGCAAUGUCAUACUUGCACGGAAUCCAUCAGCAAAUUACUCAUUCAACACAUUUUUGUUGUUUGAAGUUAAAUGUAUCAUCACCUUUUAUGACUGCAUUAGACAUGUGUUUGUUAGACCUUUAGGUUAGAUUUGAGACAUUAGAGAAUAGAGCUAAUGUAAGAAAAUACUCUUCUAUGAAGUCAGUUAAAGACUGAAUUAUAAAUACUGUAGCACAAAUGCAUGAGAUUCAUAAUGAUCCAGCGAUCAGGCUGUGACAAAUUUUACACAUCGGCUGCGUGACACCAUUUCUCCAUGAAGCACAACCCAAGAACUGAUACCAUAUCACUCAGCCUGAAGAAAGCCAUGGUAACAAAACUCACAAAGUUGAAUUGAAACCUGCCGUACCAUAAUGUGUUUAAAACCUCGCAAUCUCUCUUUUUAACUGUGGCCGUGACUGGAUAAUACGUCUGUUGUAGUGUGACCUCACCACUAGAAAUCCUUCAGUAGCUUACAGGAGACUUGUAGCUUGUUUUCUCUGCUUGUGCACUGCCAACUCUUAACACAGCUAUCUUUAUUGUCUUGCUGCUGGUCAUGGUGAUUAAUGCCCUGACAAACUGCACUAACACUAAGAAUGAUAACAAAACCUACUGAUAGUACUGUACUAAGUGUGUUUUUUUCUCUACACAGUGGCCUAUCAUAACUGGAAUUAUGUGUUGAGUGAGAAUAGCAAGUCUGAAAGCCGGGCAUUUUGAUUUCAUAGGUUCAUUAAUUGUGUGAAUUAUAGUGUCAAACAGACGAUGCUAUGAACCCACAGAAACAACAUUUUAUGGUAUACACUAUAACAAUGGAUGGAUUACUCAUGAUUGCAAAUGUCAAGCCUUUAUCCUUACACUGUAAACCAAAAGAGCUUUCAUGGAUGUCAGAAGAAAAAUGCCACUUCUACAGCACUGCCAAACUUUUCUAAAUGCACAUUCUCUGGAAAGCAAUUAUCAGUAAGUCACAAAUUCAAAACCAACAAUCAAUAUUUAGCCAUACUGUAGAACAAAUAUUGUAGGAUGUAAAAUGCCUUAAAACACCAGCAGCUUCUGACCAUGUGUUUGAUGCAUACGACUCUGUUCAGUGGGGUGUUCAGUCAUUAUACUCUCUUUGGUAGUGUUUAUUAAAAUUGCAAUGGCAACAAAAGCAUAUGGAUUGAAUGUAGUUGACAUGCUUUUCUCUUUACUACUAUUAUUACUUGUACUGCUGUAUGACACCAUAUCAAUAAAACCUUGAAAUAACUGA